GUUGGACGGUUGGUCCAUUCUCAUUUGUCAGCAAAUCACUGAAAAAGAAAGGAAAGGGAAAAACAACUGUACCAAAAAACCAACCAAAUAAACGGACGGCAAGAGCCCACCUACAUUUUCUCCAAUCAAACCUAAAUUCCUCUUCCCUUUUUAAUACUUUCUCUCUUCUUCUUUCUUUUGAUAAUAAAUAAAAACCCAAACCCAGUAGUAUAAACUCCCGUUUUUUCUGCCGUGAUCGUUGCCUUUCUCCGGCAUCUUCAUCAUGCCUGAGAUCGAGGAAGUUUCGGCCCCGGCCGCGCCUGCUCCGGCGCUGUCCGGCUUCAUUGCCGAAAGUCCCUUAUUCGGCAAAUAUGAACUCGGCAGGCUUCUGGGCUGCGGCGCCUUCGCCAAAGUUUAUCACGCGCGUGAUGUCCGCAACGGCCAGAGCGUGGCGAUUAAGGUUAUCAACAAGAAGAAAAUUUCCAGCGCGUCUUUGAUGUCCAACAUUAAGAGGGAGAUCUCAAUUAUGCGGCGGCUCCGGCACCCCAACAUCGUCCGGCUUUACGAGGUUCUGGCCACCAAAUCCAAGAUUUAUUUCGUUCUGGAAUUCGUCAAGGGCGGAGAAUUAUUCGGUAAGGUUGCCAAGGGGCGGUUCACGGAGAAUCUCAGCCGGAAAUAUUUCCAGCAGCUCAUUUCUGCGGUGGGCUAUUGCCAUAUGUACGGCGUUUUCCACCGGGAUUUGAAGCCGGAAAAUCUAUUGCUCGACGAGAACGGCGAUCUGAAGGUUUCCGAUUUCGGGCUCAGCGCCGUGACCGACCAGGUUAGAGAAGAUGGAUUCUUACACACACUCUGUGGAACUCCGGCUUAUGUGGCCCCUGAAAUUUUGUCCAAAAAGGGGUACGACGGAGCCAAGGUUGAUGUCUGGUCUUGUGGGGUGAUUUUGUUCGUUCUUACCGCCGGUUAUUUACCGUUCAACGAUCCCAAUUUGAUGACCAUGUACAGAAAGAUUUACAAAGGCGAGUACAGGUGUCCCAAAUGGAUGUCCUCUGACCUCAAGCGGUUUUUAUCUCGUCUUCUGGACACAAAUCCGGCCACCAGGAUUACAAUUGAUGAAAUUAAGCGUGAUCCCUGGUUCAAGAAAGGUUUCAAGGAGAAGAAAUUCUACGAGGAAGAUUUCGCGGAUUGUUAUUACGACAAGGUUUCUAAAGAUGAUCAAAUGGUUGAUGGGUCGUCCAGUUUGAAUGCGUUUGAUCUGAUUUCUUUUUCAUCCGGGUUGGAUCUGUCUGCUCUGUUCGACGAAGCAUCUUCCCCGAAGGAAGAUUCGGUGAGAUUGGCUUUGAAGGAGUCGCCGGAAGUUAUAAUUGACAGGGUAUCGGAGGUGGCUAAAGAGGUGGAGAAUGCAAGGCUGAAGAAGACUAAAGACUGGGGAGUGGAAAUUCAAGGCCUUCGAGAUGGCGGUAAAUUCGUAAUCGGGUUGGACGUUCACCGUUUGACCGAGGACUUGAUGGUUGUCGACGUUAAACGGCGUGCCGGAACCACCGGAUUGUUCCUUGAAUUAUUCGAGAAGAAACUCCGGCCGGCAAUCCUCGGGGAACAACGACAGGAAUCCCAACAGGCGUAAGGAGUGGAAGAUGACCUCAGAUGACCUCACUUCACCUGGGUGAACCAUGAUUAAUCAUGAUGAUCACCAAAUUAUAAACUAAAAAAAGAAAAUUUAAAUUAUUGCCAUAAUUUUAGAGUCCGUGUUUGUCUGUUACAUUGUGCUACUUUUGCAAAGGGGAAAAAGGAAAAAUUUAGUACCAGUAGUUUUUAACUUUAAAUUACCUUCUCUGGAAAGAAAAAAUUUUUACCCAACUUGAUGAUGAGGCGUCUGGGUUUUUCCUUUCUUACCUUGGCUGUCACUUCUGUUUAACCUUUUAAGUAGAAGGUUUGAAACAUAGGGGGGUAAAUAUGUUUAAUUACUCAGCAGCUCUCUGCAAAUUGAUGCAUUGCUGACUUUCUUCUGUACAUAAGUUAUGCUAAGUUUAUGUACUCACUCAUUGAUGAAUAAACAAAUGUUGAUGUAAUCAGCAAUUAUUGAUAUUGAUUCUCAUGUUUGUGAUGUGUUAUUAUUCCUUUAUUCUUAAACUAGAAGAAAUACUAUUAUAUUUAAUAUAAAGCAUUUUGACUUAUCUUAGGUUUCACCUAAUACACAUUUUUUAUUGAUAAAGAAUUUUUAAUACACAUUUUUAAUUGAUAAAAAAACCUUAAAAAUAUGUUCUCUUGAUUGUUAUGAAAUAUUUUUAAAGUUUUUUCG